CAUGCCCGUCAAAUGUCACUUUGACAUCUGUCAUAAAUCAAUGUUUUUUUGAUUUAUUGUUUUAUUAGUAAAAUGGAAGUUUUUAAUAAAUUAUAUUCGCAAGUGAGCAGUUCUGUUAGCAGUACCGUAUCGCAAUUAUCGGGCGUGCUUCCGGGGAACCCAGUAACGCGUGAAUUCGACGCCUCCACCCACAUUGCCUCCGCUGGUCCAGGCCUGGUGUGGAAGAUCUACAAAGGUUGCAAACGUUCCACCAAACAGGAGGCUUCAAUUUUUGUUUUCGAGAAACGACAAUUGGAAAAAUGGAACAAAUCCGAUCGCGAGAUUAUUUUAGAAAGCCUCAAACGGGGGGUCACUCAACUCACCAAAAUCCGGCACCCUCAAGUCCUAACAGUGCAACACCCGUUAGAAGAAAGUCGUGAAAGUCUCGCGUUUGCAACCGAAUCGGUUUUCGCAAGUUUGGCUAACGUUUUAGGAAAAACCACAAACAUGCCCCAACCUGCGAAUAUGUCUGAUUAUAAAUUGUACGAUAUUGAAAUUAAGUACGGGCUAUUGCAGAUCAGUGAAGGUCUGGCGUUUUUACACAAUGAUGUCAAGUUGUUGCAUAAAAAUAUCACGCCUGAGAGCAUUUUAAUUAAUAAACAGGGAGUUUGGAAAAUCUUCGGGUUUGAUUUUUGUGUGCAUAACACGAAUCCGGCGAAUUUGCCGCCGGCGUACCCUUGUGAUGGUUUUUCGCCGACUUUACCGGAAAUUUGUCAGAGCAAUCUCGAAUAUCUGGCACCCGAGUGUGUCCUAAAUCAGGUGAAUUCCCCCGCGAGUGAUAUGUUCGCAGUCGGGGUUUUGGCCUACGUUUUGAACUCGACCGGAAAUCAGUCUUUAGUCCCCGUAAGAGACUUGCAACAGUUCAGGGCGAGAGCCCAACAAUUAAAAAAUUUGAAUUCGGGGAAGCUUCAAUGCAUUCCAGAGGCGUUACGAGAGUAUGUCAAGUUGUUACUAAAUGUUACACCGGAUAUUAGGCCUGAUGCGCAUCAAUUUAUCAAAAUACCUUAUUUUGACGAUGUUGGUAUUAAAACCCUGACUUACUUGGAUUCGCUACUCCAGUGGGACAAUUUGCAAAAGUCUCAGUUUUAUAAAGGGUUGCCAGAGGCACUCCCGAAGUUGCCUCAAAGGGUCAAAGUUCAACGAGUGUUGACAUGUCUGUCACGUGACUUAGCACAGCCUGCUAUGGUCCCGUUUAUUUUACCCAGUGUUUUGGAUAUAGCCCAGGACUGUACUAAGGAGGAGUACUGUUUGUACGUCCUCCCCUACCUCAAACCUGUCAUGAAACUAAUGGACCCAAUUCAGAUUUUGCUAAUUAUGUUACAAAGAAUGGAGUUGUUGCUAAAAUUGACUCCACCGGAAGAUGUGCAACAACACGUCCUUCCAAUGUUGUACCGAGGCCUUGACUCCGACAUCCCCCAAGUCCAUGAAUUAUGUCUCUCGAUUCUCCCCACUUUUGCUAACCUUUUGGACCAUUCCAGUGUGAAAAAUAGUCUUUUGCCCAGGAUAAAACGACUCUGUUUGUCCACUUCGAGUCUCUCCGUGCGAGUCAAUUGUUUGUUAUGUGUGGGCCGACUUUUGGAACAUUUGGACAAGUGGUUGGUCCUUGACGAAAUCCUCCCAUUUCUCCCUCAAAUCCCGUCGCGUGAGCCCGCAGUCCUGAUGGGGAUUUUAGGGAUUUACAAGCUCGCAAUGAACCAUAAAAAAUUGGGCAUAAGCAAGGAAGUUAUAGCAACACGAAUUCUACCAUUUCUUAUGCCUUUGUGUAUCGAAAAUGGCCUUACUUUAACUCAGUUUAACGCUUUGGUAGCUCUAGUCAAAGAAAUGUUUCAAUUGGUCGAAAGUGAACAUCGGACUAAAUUAGAACAGUUGAAUUCUGUCAAAGACGAGCAAAAAGUUUUGACAGCAACAAUGCCCACAUUCCAACCAGCCAACAAACCGGUCGAACUCGAUCAUGCGUUCUCUGGUUUGGGUUUGGAUUCUUUUGUUUCCAUGAAUUUGCAAGAAAAACAAAAGGUUGUUGAGCAACGGGAAACUUUUAAAGCGUUCCAAAAUCAGCCGGCUUUGGAACCGGUUAAACCUGUCAAAACUGUGACCACGCCUCCCAAGGAUUUGACUUCGUCGUUGCUCGCUGAUUGGUCAAAUGCCAAUAUGGGGAGUAGAGUGGGGAGUGGCAUAGGCGGGGUUACUAGUCCUGUGACAAAUGGAGGGGGAAAUAUGUGGGCGUCUCCGCAGCAACAGUUUAGUCAAAAUUUACCAAAUUCGUGGGGCGGUCCAAAGUCGAGUCAGCCGAAUUGGGGAGUUUUGGAUAAUCUACUCCCGACCGGUAACACCCCCAAUAAAAUUCCAAUGAAUCAAAUGGGGCAGAGACAACCUUUAAUCCCGAAUCCGAGUAUGGGGGCCACUAGCCCCAAUAACAACACACUGUCGAAAGAUGAUAUCAUGGAUUUGUUGAGCUAAUUUUAUUUUAUUGUAUUAUUAGGUGUAAAUUAUUAAUCCGUCUUAAAUAAAUGUAUAGAUGUCA